AUGUCUGAAUUUGCUGAGAGACUGAAUUGCUUAUUCGAUCUAACGCAUAAAAUUUACAACCUACUGAAUAAAUCGGUAACUACUGAUCCACUUCCAAAGUCAGGGCAAAGUUUGAUAAACAAAAAAGACACUAACUCUGGGUAUUGCGAUCUUUCUGCUGACCUUGAGGGCGUUAAGUUAGAUGUUGUAAUAAUCGAAUCUAGAUUUUCGAACAGCAUUUCGGCAAAUCAAAACGAGAUUCGUAAAAUAAAUAAAGAGAUUAAUCACUUUCGUGAUCAAUUGUUCAUUAUGCAAAAGGAGCAGCAAAAGACUUCUAUAGAAAUUACUAAUCACGAUGCAGUAAUUAAUGAAUUAUCCUCUCAAGCGUGUUCUUCACAGGACAUUGCACUCGAGUAUAAUUAUCAAUCUGGUAAUGCGUCAAAUUAUGAUACCGGUAAUGAGGAAAACGAAAGCGGUAAUUCUAUGGUAGCUAAUGUAGAAUCCAGUCAAGAGGAAAAUGCAAAUUUAAACGCCUCAAUGGAGUCGAAUAAAAGUUCUGAGAGAGAAAUUUCUAUAGUUUUGAGUAAUGAUGGUCAUAAUCCCGGCCUUGAUGCUCCUACUCAGCUUGUAAAGCCAAAUGAGAUCACAUCGCAAAUUGCAACCCAAGAGCAAUGUUUAAAUGAUGCGAAAUUGAACACUAUUAGUGUGGGCGAGAAUAAUUCCGUUUCUGAGAGCCCAGCACAAAUCCAAUUACAUAUUUCAAAUAUCUCGAAUAAAGCUCGUUACGCAAAUAAGAGAAAGGAUU